UGCUCGAUGGUCGCCAUUAGAGUGGAUGCACCCGAUUUACGCCCGGGCCAUUCUGGAACCAUCCACGGGGCGAGCGGAGUUCUCAUUCGUCCAGUGACAUUGAACUGAAAGUUCCGGUCAAGCCUACUGACAAACUAAAUCAACUGCACCCUAAACUGCGAAUACGUUUUUUUAUUUUUUUUAUUAGCCAACCGAAUGGAUUGAUCUUCAGAAGCAAGUGUAACAUUCUUGUCAACAUGUCCAAGUUUUGAAAUUGACCGUGCCCAGUGUAAGAGAGCAUCCCCCACCCCUAAGACCCACAUGUGUAUCAUCUUCUUCAAGUUCGACCCUCGGCCUGCAUCCAAAAAUGCCUACAGGCUAAUUUUGGCCGCAAACAGAGAUGAGUUCUACAACAGGCCAACCAAAGCUGCAGACUUUUGGGCGAGCAACAGCGAAAUCCUCAGUGGGCUGGACCUGGAGGAGGGGAAGGAAGGAGGAUCAUGGCUGGGGAUUAACAAGAGGGGCAAGCUGGCCGCACUGACCAAUUACCUGGAGGGAAGGCCCAAUCCAGACGCACAAGGAAGAGGGUUCCUGGUGUCCAAUUUCCUGGCAGAUCAGAGCCAGGACAGCUACUCCUACCUGAAGAGGGUGUCAUCUGAGGGACAUCUCUACAAUGGCUUCAACCUCCUCACCGCUGAGUUCAAGGCCAAAGAAGACACUGUGUGUUACUAUGGAAACAGGGGCAGCGCCGAACCCAUCCGUCUAAAUCCAGGAAUCUAUGGUUUGAGUAACUCCCUGUUGGAGACCCCAUGGAGGAAGCUGCAGCAUGGGAAGAGACUGUUCACCAGUGUAGUGAACCAGACACUGCCUUGUGACAGCCUGGUCCAUGAUCUACUCAACGUCCUCAACAACGAGGAGCUGAACACCCCUGACCCAGCCCAGGAGAGCCAGGGUGAAGGGUACAGCAGCCCCAUGCUCCGGGCCCUGUCCUCUGUGUGUGUUCGCUCCCCGCAUUACGGCACAAGGACCAAUACCAUUAUCCUAAUAGACGCAUCAGGGAAUGUGACCUUCACAGAGCGCACCAUGCUCAACUGUGACGUCAGCCAAUGGAGCACAAGCUCUUUCCAGUUCAAAAUCCAGAACUGAAGACUGCUAUAUGGGAAUCACACUCUGUGCCUUUCUGCAUCCAACCUCCUCCCUAUCCCUCCUUCUUCCACAGCAAGCUCUGGCUUCACAAUAGUGAAAUGAACAUGAAGAUUGAUUUGCUAUUUAAAAUGGUGGUGGGAGAGAGUCAAAUUAUGGCACUUUUUUUCAGAGAGAUUGAUGCACUGUUCAUGUAAUUGUCUUUGGGGAAUACGUUUUAGCUUGACUUAGACGUGUGAAUUAAUUAAAUCAUACAUAAUGGGUGCUAUUCUUAUUUUGUUAAUUGGAUUAAAAUAUUAUUUUGAGGUGUGUGCUUAAGUGUAUUGCCAAAGAACAAAUGUAAUUUAAUAACCAAAGUAAAUUAUUUACAUCUAUUUUCUCAACACUGGCUUUGUGGCUCAGUCUGCCUUCUACUAGCCAUGUUUGUUUGUAUCUUCAGUUGAAGUGUAAAAUGCUAACACUCUUAGAAGCAGCAGCAGCCAUCAAUAUCCUUCUAAAAUUCUGUAAUAAGAAUGACUGGUUUGGGUUCCUCAAGUCAGGUGUUUAACUUUUCUGUGACAGAAUUAUGAAGGCAUAUUGCAACAGCCUGCCUUAUAGAAUAAUAGUUCAUUGCCACAGAUUUUGACUUUGCGACAGAGGUUUGCUUGUUAAGUAAAACAGAGGAAAGCACUUCAAAUGUUUUUCUAUGUGGUAAUCAAAGUGUUUUUCUUUGUUUUCCUGCCUUGUUCCACAUACUGCAUAGGAGAGACAUUUCACAGCAAGGAAAACAAACUAAAAGGAUUAUUUUUGUCACUCACAUCUGCAGUGUUCGGGUUUCUGGUUUAAACAUUUAUUCACAUUUGUGAGAGUUACAAUGGAGAGUGGCUGUUACAAAUUGUGUUGAUGUUCCGCCAAUGAUGAGGAUCCUUCAGUGGUUUUCUAAGUUUUAUGUUACUGACCUCCGGUAUCCGUAGAAGUUCAGAAACCUCUGUUUACCACAUCACUGGUGUCUUGAUAUAAAUUGUGAAUAUAUUACUUUUAAUCUGUAUUUAUAUAAACAUUUUUUUGUGUUUGCAGAACACGGGAGUCGUUAUAGAACUCCAGCAAAAAAUGGCUAGCUGCAUGUUGCUUAUGAGUGCAUUUCACACAACUUUUAGAUUUUAAGGCUUUUGUGAAUGUUCUGCUUCAUACACUGCUCAAAAAAAUAAAGGGAACACUAAAAUAACACAUCCUAGAGCUGAAUGAAUGAAAUAUUCUUUACAUAGUUGAAUAUGCUUACAACAAAAUCGCACAAAAUGAAUCAAUGGAAAUCCAAUUGAUCUACCCAUGGAGGUCUGGAUUUGGAGUCACACUCAAAAUUAAAGUGGACUACAGGCUGAUCCAACUUUGAUGUAAUAUCCUUAAUAAAACAAGUCAAAAUGAGGCUCAGUAGUGUGCGUGGCCUCCACGUGCCUGUAUGACCUCCCUACAAUGCCUGGGCAUGCUCCUGAUGAGGUGGCGGAUGGUCUCCUGAGGGAUCUCCUCCCAGACCUGGACUAAAGCAUCUGCCAACUCAUGGACAGUCUGUGGUGCAACGUGGCGUUGGUGGAUGGAGCGAGACAUGAUGUCCCAGAUGUGCUCAAUUGGAUUCAGGUCUGGGGAACAGGCGGGCCAGUCCAUAGCAUCAAUGCCUUCCUCUUGCAGGAACUGCUGACACACUCCAGCCACAUGAGGUCUAGCAUUGUCUUGCAUUAGGAGGAACCCAGGGCCAACCGCACCAGCAUAUGGUCUCACAAGGGGUCUGAGGAUCUCAUCUCGGUACCUAAUGGCAGUCAGGCCAUUUGCACAACAGCAUGUGAAAUUGAUUGUCAACAGAAGUGUGAUUGACUUGGAGUUACAUUGUGUUUAAGUGUUCCCUUUAUUUUUCUGAGCAGUGUAUAAUGUUGGUGUCAUCAUCGCAAAUCAACUGCAUUAUACUUCAACCAGUAAAAUGGCUCUUAGUGUUAGGGUUGCGUCAAUUCGAAUCUGGUAUCAGGAUAAAUAUGACAUUGAGUCACCGAUUGUAUACUAUGUAUUUUUUAUUAGCUAAGCAAUAAGUGGUAAAUGCAGUUUUCGUAUAUACGGGCUCUCUGUCCCACCUUGCAGGGCAAACAGAGAACUGACUCGUUCCUGACUAAGAUAUUAUAAUAUACUCUGAACAGAGGUAGUUCCUGCUUCCGAGCCGGCCUGUCAGAGUAGACUGGGCGUGGUUUAAACUCACCCAGCCUAUCGUUGAUUGUUGGCGCAGAGGCUGGUCCCAGCCCCCUAAGCACUUCAGCAGUCAGUCGUUGUAGCUGUGUAGAAUAUACAGUUAUCAGGCACCUGGCUCCUGUUAUCUAACAAAAGACCAUUUGUUCUCGCAACACUACGUUCUGAAUGUGCCCCCCCAACAAGUCAACAGUUCCUGUCUUCGUGUUAUUCUGUAUUAUUCCAUCAUGAGAAAGGCCCAUGGCCCUGAAACUGUUAACAAUGUUUCAAGUCAGCUAUGUUGCAUAACACAUACAUACAUCCACACAAGCCAACAGCAGAUAAUAUUCAAUCACAUAUAUGGUAACGGGCUAUAGUGCAUAACAAAAGCUAGCCAAUGUCAAUGAGCGUUAGCAUUCUAGCUAACAAUUGCUGCAUCCAAAAUACUUAUUUGCAAAGAUCACAACCAAAUAUAAUUUUAGCGAUUGUUAAAGCAAGAAUCAAAGCAUCAUUGUAAGCGUAUGAGAACCCCAAAAGUUAUUUUGUUUAGAAGUAAUAAAAGGGUAAAUCUAGGCUGUGUUGAAUUUGCGCAGGUGACCGUCAACAGUAGCGCACGUCUAUGCGUUACGUCAGUGUCGUAUACUGGAAAAGGGUCUAUUGCAAAUGUUAUGUAUUCUUUCAAGAAUAGAUCUGAUAAGGCAAUUUUUUUUGACAAUCGCAAGUUUAUUAACGCAAUGUCGUGUAUGGUUUGUCGCUGAAUAAACUGCCAUUGUAACGGU